UCAGAGUUCGAGGAAGCAAGUGCCGACGACGCAGCCGCAUUGACUGUCGAAUAUUACGUACGCAUGUGUGUGUAGUCACCGCCACUAUUUUCCUUUGUGCAAUCAAAAUUUUUCGUGAAUCCAAAAUUUCGGCCGUCGGAUUUCCACAUUUUUUUAAAAAUUGCCAACAGUUUUGAACGUCAGACAGUUUCCAGUUAGUAGGUCCUUUAAUCAGCAUGAGCCCAUUUGAUAGACCAUCAAUUAUUACGUAUUGAAUAUAUAGGCUUUGAUUAUUGUUGUGAAUUAACUGGCCAAAUUGACAUUCGACCGGGAUUGUUAUCUAACGGCUGUGUCUGUCAGGAGCCUUAACCCCGACAUUUUGACACGACAGACAUUGACGUCAACAAGGAUGGAUACGUGCUCAUAUCAGCAUCCAUCGGAUGCCGAACUGGCGUCGGUCAUCAAAAUGAAAAUGAGUUUGCCGGUGAUUUCGUCGGCCGCCGGUUCAUCGUCGCUGCACCAUCACCACAGCAGCAGCAGCAGCCGGGCUACGUCCAUUAUGCAACUGGCUCAGCAGCAUUUACCCAAGUCGGAUAUUGGCAAUGCCGUUGCCAAGGUUUUGCAGGGCUACGACUGGAGCCUCGUCCCGCUGGCCAGCAGCAGGUCUAACCCGGAAAAGAGGGACACUCACGUCAAGCGACCCAUGAACGCGUUCAUGGUCUGGGCUCAAGAAGCUCGCCGGCAAUUAGCCGACCAGUACCCGCAGUUGCACAACGCCGAGUUGAGCAAAACCCUCGGCCGACUAUGGAGGGUGUUGAGUGACGACGACAAGAGACCGUUUGUUAAACAGGCCGAGCGGCUACGGGAGCUUCACAAGCAAGAGCACCCCGAUUACAAAUAUCAGCCGCGGCGACGCAAAAUUGCCGGCGCCAAAUCGUCGCAAAUGCCUUUACCCCCGUCGAGCAGUGCCGCCAGCUCCGUGGUCAACGCUGCGACAAAAACGCGCUUGAAGAAUCAUCAUCAUUCUUCAACAAGGAUUCAAAAAGAGCGCGCUUCAUCUCGUACCGGACCCAAGCCUAGCGGUAGUAAAUUAAGGAGCCACUCCCGCUCAGUGAUGAAGGGGACGGCCUCGCCUACAACUCCAACGUCGUCAUCGAACCGAAAUACUGGAAUCGAAGCGAACAGUCAUAAAAUCAGCGCUAAUCACGCAACUGUUUCGUCACAAUCGCCAUCGACUGCGACAUUAGAUCGCCGGGUUCCUUUGACCGACGGCCUCGUCGAACACCCUCACAUGCUAAACAGUCGUGGAGUGACAUCAGAGACGGGUUGCAAAAGUUAUUCCAAUGUUAACGGUGCCGACAUGUUGUGCAACGAAGUCUCGGCGCCUGCUGCCGAUCAAGAAGAAUACAACCUCUACUUUCAACACGAUGCCUCAGCUCUUGCAGGCGUGCCUUCGGGAAUUGAAACCGGAGCGUUCAACAACCACGUACCCGUCUCGACCACCUACUCUCAUUCCAGCUACCCUUCCACCAUCCCCGUCUCCGUCGCCUCUAACAAUUGCAUGUACGAGCAACACGCUUACCUGGAUCAUCAAAACGGAGGAGUUUACCUGCCGUGGUCUCACACGCCCAACAACGUGGGGGCCUUGCUCCAGCGGACUUACCACUACGGCAAUUCCAGCAUCAACGGUUACGGGCCUCCGCAGCAGCAACAGCAGCAGCAGCAACCGACGUCACCCGAAGAUCGAAGCGAUUCCGCCCAAUCUUACGUCUCAUCUCCUCCGAGCUGCACGUCGUUGCAUUCGCCGGUCCCGUCGCCAGCCGCAGUCGCUGCUGUGGCCAGCACGAAUUUCACCUACAGUAGCUGCAGCAGCAGCCGCAGCAACAGCAACUGCAACAGUCCCGCUGGCCAACAGGCUCAACAUCAGUCCAGCAGCUACCAGGAGCUUUACUCACCGCGUUCUCAAUCUGUUGGGGGAACGAUGAGUGUCUCGCAACAACAGCUGGAACAUCCUGGAACGACAAGAAGUGCGACGGCCGUCGACGCCAAUUCUGCUCACUACUUUUACGGCCACAACUCGCCGGUAGCGGGAAAUUCGGUCGCCCCAAACGUUGUGGACGGCUAUCAGCAACAUCAGACUUACUUACCCUCGGUGCCGACGACAUCUUCGGCGACAAAGACCAGCGGAGCGACGACAACCAGCAUAUUUUCAGGUGGCAUGGAAUCGUGGCUUAGCUACAUCUAACCAAAAAAACAUAUUCGAAACUGUAAAGAAAA